UACAAUACGUAAACCAUCAAACACAAAACCAAAAAAAUAGCACCCAAAAACCAACAAAAAUAUGGUUGAAAAAACAACAACGUUCAUGGCCUUUCAAUCUCUUCUUCUCUAUGCUACUAUUCUUAUCCUUGGCUUUUCCGCGUUAGUGAUCAAUGCAGAUGAUACUACUCCAAUACCGGAAUCGAAAGCUGCAUUGUCAAACUGGUUCAGCAGCAAUGUUAAAAGUGCUGCAGAGCGUGCAUCCACCCUCGACCCUGCACUUGUUGCCGCCGAGAAAACCCCGAGGAUUAUCAAGGUUAGGAAAGACGGCAGCGGAGAUUUCAAGACUGUAAUGGACGCCGUUAGCAGCAUUCCCUCCGGCAAUGACAAGCGGAUCAUCGUCUUCAUCGGACCGGGAGUUUACGAGGAGAAAAUCAGGAUCGAAAGGACCAAAGCUUUCAUUACUUUCUAUGGACAACCCAACAACAUGCCCACUCUAACCUUUUCCGGCACGGCGGCUAAGUACGGAACCGUCGACAGUGCUAGUUUAAUCGUCGAGUCCGACUAUUUCACCGCCGCUAAUAUUAUUGUCAAAAAUUCUUCACCCAGACCAAAUGGAAAGAAUCCGGGAGAGCAAGCGGUUGCGUUGAGAAUUUCCGGGACCAAAGCGGCAUUCUACAAUUGCAGACUGAUUGGAUUUCAGGAUACACUCUGUGAUGACAGAGGCUACCAUUUCUUCAAAGAUUGCUAUAUUGAAGGCACUGUUGAUUUCAUUUUUGGAAGUGGAACAUCUCUCUAUUUGAACACACAGCUGAAUGUUCUUGGAGAUGCGGGAUUGACGGUGAUCACGGCUCAAGCAAGGGAAUCAGAAUCAGAGCCAACGGGAUAUUCAUUCGUGCAUUGCCAAAUAACUGGAACAGGAACUGGAACAUUUUUGGGCAGGGCUUGGAAAACCAGACCUCGAGUUGUUUAUGCCUAUACCACCAUGGCCAAUAUUAUUAACCCUGCUGGUUGGAGCCAUAACUUCCAUCCUGAACGAGCCCAGACUGUUUUCUAUGGAGAAUACAAGUCUUCUGGACCAGGUGCAAAUCCAAGUGGAAGAGCAAAAUUUACCAAACAGCUCACCGAAGCACAAGUUCGCCCAUUCAUCACCCUUGGCUUUAUUCAGGGUUCUAAAUGGCUGCUUCCUCCACCAAAGGUCUGAAAUUGCUAAAUACACUCACCAUGUGGAAAGUAUAUAUCUAGAUUUCCUAUAGCCCAUUGUGGGCCAGUUUAAGAAAUUUUAUCUCUCAUUUUAGUUUGGUUAAUUUAUAUGUAAAAGAGAAAUGUAGAUAUAUACAAAAGAUUGCAGAUGAUUAUUUAUGCAGUCUGGGAUUAAUUAAUUACCUUGUAAACUCUAUUUCACUUCAUUAAUUAAUUUUAUUUCAUUUU